UCUAAGAAGUUCCUGCAUACAGAUCUUCUACCAGAUAAAGAUACCUCCUGGGCCGGCCCUUUAACAAGCCACCAAACUUCUUCCGCGGCUAUUGCCUAUUCCACAUUGUGAGAGAGAAAGAGAGAGAGAGGUGCCAAGAUGAGGAAACUCGCAAGUAUUCAAGUUCUGCAAACUUCAUUUGCUUCCCUCUUGGUUCUGUCACUAUUUCUACAUGCCCUCUCUUCCUCUACCCUGGUGCACUACAUGCUUGACCAGCACAGGCACGUCUCCUGGGCCGUGCUGUGGUGCACCUUCCUGGCCCUCUUCCUGUACAUUAGGUCCAGACCUCUUCGGGUCUUCAUGGUCGACUACUCCUGCUUCAAGCCGGACUUCGACCAGAAGGCCAGCUUCGAAGUGUGCGAGUACAUUCUCAGCCGGAGCGACCGCGUCACGCCGGCGAGCGAUCAGUUCAUGAAGGGAAUCUACCGGAAGUCGGGGCUUGGCGACGAGACCUACCUGCCGCCAUACAUCUUGAACAACGAUGACACCACGAAUCGGCACGCCGCCGCCCUCGAAGAGCUCGAGCAGGGCAUGUAUGGUGCCGUUUCGGACCUGCUCGCCAAGACAGGCGUCUCGGCUUCCGACAUUGACCACGUCAUAGUCACGUGCGGUGUUAUGUCCCCAUCCCCGUCUCCUACGUCCAUGAUAGUGAACCGGUUCGGCCUAAAAGAAUCGGUUCGCACCUUCAACCUCAGCGGCAUGGGCUGCGGCUCCGGCGUCAUGGCCGUAGACCUCGCCGGCCGGCUACUCCGCAGGGAGCGGAAACCAUCCUACGCGCUUGUUGUUGUCACCGAGAGCAUCAGCCUCAACUGGUACUUCGGCGACAAUCGGUCCAUGCUCGUGACCAACUGCAUCUUCCGACAAGGAGCGGCCGCCGCCCUCAUGACCAACCAGCGCACCGGCUCUGUCAAGCUGGAACUCGUCCGGUGGCUGAGAACCCACCACGGCGCAGACGACCGGUCCUACAGGGCGGCGUUCCAGGAGGAGGACGAGCAGGGCACCGCCGGGUUCGCGCUCACCAAGGACCUGAUCCGGGUUGCCGGGGAGGGCCUGCGGGCGCACAUCCGAACGCUGGCGCCACGGGUGCUGCCAUACUCCCAGCUGCUCGCCUACUCCUACGCCAGCCUCAAGUCCAGGCUGCUCGGCGCCGACGCCGCGAAGCCUCAGGUGCCGGACUUCACGACCGCGUUCGAGCACAUAUGCGUCCACACAGGCGGGAAGGCCGUGAUCGAGAACAUCUCACGGGUGCUGAAGCUCGGCGAUCAUGUCACCGAGCCGUCCCGGAUGACGCUGCACCGGUUCGGAAACACGUCCUCUAGCCUGGUGUUCUACGAGUACGCCUACUUCGAGGCCAAGCAAAGGGUGAAGAAAGGGGACAAGGUGUGGAUGCUGGCGUUCGGCACUGGGUUCAAGGUGGGCUCGCUGGUUUGGAAAGCCAUGAGGGACUCAUCUCCUGACUCGACCAACCCUUGGGCUGACUGCAUCCACAGGUAUCCAUUAAAGGCAUGGUGAAUGGUGGGAGCUAGAGAGCUAAACGAGAUCCUUCAAUGGAAGAAGAUUGUGGUAUCUUAGACGUGACUUGUUUAAGUGUUUUCUUUACUUCUCCUUUUUCAAUCUUUCUUACUGGCAAACAGGUUGAGGUUUGAUGGGAUGUGUAGAGAUAAGCUUGAGUAGGAAUUGCAAUUUAUUUUGGGCCCUGAAGAGGGUAAAUGGGUUGUUGGAAUAAACAAAUAAAUGGUGAACCAGAAUCGUUUCCGAUUCGAUACAGCACAAAAUUACAAAAGGUCGAACCGGGAGGCCGAUCCGUUCCCGAGGAAGUGAGCGAGCUAGAAGGCAGAAGCUUAAUUGCUUGGACAGUCGAUGGGGACCCAACAGCACACUUUCAUGAAUGGAUGCAUGAAGAUGCGACAUUAUUACAAGAUCUACCGGUGAAAUAAUUGAACUUAGUUAUUAUUAUUGAUCUUGCGCGCCGCGUUGUUGGUGUUCCUGCGAAUGUUGCUGUCAGCGUAUAUGUAUUAUAUCUGUAUGUGUAGUUUUGUUGAUGUUGGCUUUCUAAGUGCAAUUAAUAAAGCAAAAGGAUUGGAAGGA